AUGGACGACUCAUCAUCUGGCAGCAGCUGCCCUGACAUGGAGCACUGUAUUUCGGAAUCCAAAUCCAACCAGAGCCUCUCUGUAGUCCCUUUCCCCUCAGAGGACAGGCCUGACUGUGAGGCUGUCGUAGCCUGUGAAGACUUGACCUCUGAGCGUCCUUCCUCCCUCCCUCCUGUCCAAGGGGCAUGGGGAACCAAUGAUGUAAGGGGACCCAUGGGCAGAAGAAAUGAAAUUCAGGAGAAGCCAGAGGGGCCUGGUGAAGAAGACGUGGAUGAGCCCAUGAAUGGCGAUGUGUGCAGCCCCUUCGACUACUCACAAAUGAAAUGGGCUGAAUGGGAGGAAGAUGAUGAGGAGAGUAUGUACAAUUGGCAAGAGGAGACAGGAUGCCAGAGCAUCUUGGAACUGAUUUAUUUCUUGAGAGUUAUUGCUGUAUGUCUAGACAAGGAUGAGGAAGAUGACGACUCUCUGUUCUCCGAUCCUCAUCGGGAGGAGGAUGUAGACGACUCUGUACCCCCUGAGUCUCCUCAGGAGGAGGAGAAUGUCCAGCCAUCCAGCAGUGUCUCUUCCCAUAUGGAUCAGGUCAGUCCUGAAGAGCAGGAGGCUUGUCAGGACUUGCCCAAGUAUCAACCAGCAGAAAAUGGAGACACCAAGCAGAGCCCAGAAAUGCCUCCUGGGCUUGAGGAGGAUGAAAUUGUUGAGGUGAGCACAGAGCUGCCCCCCUGCAGAGGAAGGGACAGGCCCAGUGCGGGUGCCAGGUGGGACAGCAUGGAGUCCUUGUACCUGCUGUGA